AUGGCAAGACACCGAAAUGUUAGAAACAGAAGUUACUCGGACGAUUACGACUAUGAUGACGUUUAUGGACAUUCAGUUGAAGAAGACAACUGUUUGUCACCAAGUGAUACAUCGCAAUGGAUGUAUGAUCGUUCGCGUAAUCACCAGGCGAUUUCGAGUUUUUUAGAAAACCAUAAUGAUAUCCAAGAAGAGACCGAGGAAGAGCCUCUUACUGAACCGAGUCGCCCGGAACUGGAUCGCCGUCAAUCAUCAGAUUUACGUUGUCUCUCUCUAACUGAAGCAGAUGAAGCAAAACUUUUAUCCUGUUUGGAUGAGUUGCGAAAUAUUUUGGGUGAUACUGUGUCAGAAAAUAUGCUUAUUCAAACAGUCCUAAGUCAUAAAUUUGAUUUUAACAAGGCUUUAGAUGCACUAUUAAGUAAUGAUAAAAAUAAACCAAAACAGACUGAGAAAAUUAAGGAGCAAUCGAGAGCUCCUCCAUUAGUUCGCAUUGAGCCAGCUAAAACUGUAAUAAAUGUUGACAAAACCCCUAAAGUGAUUGCAACUAACAACGAACCCACAACUGUUGGUGUUAUUAAAGGCUUCAAAGUGGAACAAGAUGGCAGCUCAGGAAGCCGACCACAAACACCAAGAGAUCAAUCACCUACUACAGAAAAAUCUAAUCAAGCACCAAGCAAAGUUAAAGAAAAAAAUGAUCCUAAUAAGCAAUAUUCUAAUGAAAGGGGAUCUGACAAAGAUCAUUUAUAUAUAGUUGUAAUAGGACAUGUAGAUGCAGGAAAAUCUACUCUUAUGGGUCGACUUCUUUGUGAAUUGGGUGAAGUGAGUCAGAGGACUUUACAUAAAUAUGAACAAGAAAGUAAAAAGAUUGGUAAACAAAGUUUCAUGUAUGCAUGGGUAUUAGAUGAAACUGGAGAAGAGAGAGUUAGAGGGAUUACUAUGGAUGUAGGACGGGCACAGUUUGAAACGAAGACAAAAAAAGUUAUAAUUCUUGAUGCACCAGGUCACGCUGAUUUUAUACCUAACAUGAUAACUGGUGCAGGUCAGGCUGAUGUUGCUUUAUUAGUUGUAGAUGCAACACGAGGAGAGUUUGAGUCAGGUUUUGAACUUGGUGGUCAAACCAGGGAGCAUGCAUUACUUGUUAGAUCUCUUGGCAUAAGUCAACUUGCUGUUGCCGUUAAUAAACUUGACACAACUAACUGGUCAGAGGAUAGGUUUAAUGAAAUAGUGACGAAAUUAAAGAUAUUCUUAAAACAAGCUGGAUUUAAGGACUCUGAUAUAACCUAUGUACCUUGUUCAGGUUUAACUGGUGAAAAUUUGGUAAAACCACCAAAUGAGUUAGAGCUAUGCAAAUGGUACAAAGGUCCGUGUCUUCUAGAUGUUAUCGAUCGGUGCAAUGUGCCUGUUCGGCCUGUUUCUAAGCCUCUGCGUAUGUCCAUAAAUGAUAUAUUUAAGAGCACUGGUACAGGAUUUUGUGUUGCUGGUCGUAUAGAAAAUGGAAUUUUAAACAAAGGUGAUAAAGUUUUGGUUUGCCCUAUCAAAGAAUUGGCUGAAGUUAAGGGUAUAAGUAUUAAUGAUCUGGCCAGUAAUGUAGCUUUUGCUGGGGACCAGGUCAGUGUGACUCUUUCAGGUGUAGAUAUGCAGAAUGUUUCUGUUGGUAAUGUGUUAAGUGACCCUGUGCAACAAGUACCAGUCAGUUCUCGCUUUGAGGCUAGGUUAGUAGUGUUUAAUGUAAAGGUGCCUAUUACGAAGGGUUAUCCUAUUCUCAUACAUCAUCAGUCCUUAGUUGAGUCCGCAAAUAUAGUGAAAUUGAAAGCUUUAUUAAAUAAGAGUACUGGAGAAAUAUUAAAGAAGAAACCAAGGUGCUUGGGUAAUAAUUCAGUGGCAGUUGUUGAUAUAGAAGUUUGCCGACCAAUUUGCAUUGAGAGAUACAAGGAUGUCAAAGAGCUAGGAAGGGUUAUGUUAAGAGUUGCUGGAGUCACUAUAGCAGCUGGUCUCAUUACAGAUAUUUAUGAUACUUGA